AUGCCGUCGGGGAAGACGCUCAAGCUCGUCCUGUACGAGGCGCUGCAGCUGGCGGCCCUCGCCGUGCCCGUCUUCGUGGUGAUGGAGAGGUUCGCCGGCCUGAUGCGCGACGUGCGAGGGCGGGAUCUGACGGCCUAUUGGCUGGUGGUGGCGGCGUCCGUGGCCUACGUGACCUCGGCGGUCCUGCUGGUGUGGGUCCCUCUGAAGUAUCUGAUCCUGAGGAGGCGCGGGUUCAUCUCAGAGGUCACGCAGUGGAGGCCAACAGCGCUGGCUUAUCUCAUCCUGUGUACGUUACCGUGCUUCGCCAUCUUCGCUGCCAGCUCCAAGGUGCAGGUGGACCGAGGACUCCGGCUGGACCGCUUCGCCGAGCUGCCCGUGUCCUUGGUGCUGCUCGGCCUCAUCUGCGUGGAUCUCACGGAGAGGAUUCGCCCCUGCAGGCUCAUCGGACCAUCCGACAGCUUGGAUUCUGACUUUGACCCGCCGGGCCCCGUCCUCACCCAACUGGAGCGGGUGACCACCGUGACGGGCCAGCUGCCCGCCGCCGACGAAGGCCCCAAAGGCCCGACCCAAACCCCGCCGCAGGCCAGGAACGGCGGCGCCCCGGGCAGACGGCGGGACCUCGCCGCCCCGCCCGGCGCCGGUGCCGGCGCCGCCUACCUGUACUCCUCGCCCCUGCGCCGGCGAUCCCGCUCGGGCCCCCUGGGCUUCCUGUGGCGGCGGGACGGCCGGUCCGAGGCGUUGGCCGACGGCUUCCUGUUCUGGCUCGACGCGGCGGAGAUGGUGCGAGUGGCGGGCGAGCCGGCGGUCUUCUACUCCGCCUGGGUGUUCCCCGUCUACGCGCUGGCCUUCCUGUCCGCCCUGCGCGUGGUCGUUGCCCCCCACAACCCGCUGUCGGCCUCGGCCGGCGUCGCCCUGCAGGAGGUUCCCUUCUGCGUCCUCCGGGUCGCUCUGAUCGCCGCGUUUGGUUUCGUGACUCCCGUGUUGUACCCUUUGAAAAAUGUGCUGGUGAGCCUGGCUUUUUUCUACUUCACCUUCCUGGCCAGGCUGAGGAUUUUCAGGAGGCAGAGCAUGUUUUGAGGAGGGAUAGGGCACCUUCUGUCGUCUCUGACGGUGUGACAGAAACGGAGGGUACAGAUGAUCGACAACAACGAGCUUGUCGUAAGGAUGUUUAUGCCGAAACGUGCAGAAAUUACUCUCAACUUUUUUUUUUUUUUUAAACCGUGUACAGUCUAUUUCAUCUGUGAUUUUACUUUUACAUUUACUUUUACAUUUUUUAAAUCCAAAUGUGACACUUGAUACUUAGUUUAUCUGCUAAUGUUUUUUAUCCCUACAUUUUAUACUAUAAAAAGUGAUGAAAACCACACAUCAGGGAACAAAAGCUUCUGAAUUGUUUCAAUCAACUGUAAUUAUGUUUAAUAAAUAUCCUUUGUUUUAAACAUAUAACAACAUCUCGAUAACAACAUUGAGUGAAAUGAAGUACUCCUCAGAAGGGAAAGUUUUACGCUCGAUAGGGAAAUGGAAAACUUUCAACUAACCUUUGAUUUGUCCCAAGAAUGUAUUUAUAUUAGUAUUGUUUCAUUAAUAUUACUACUACUUUGAAACCAUUUUGCAUACUUUAUUACAUCAAUUA